GAGCAGCCAUCUUGGAUAGACAGAUCAUACUUGAGUCAGGAUAACCUGCAUUCCUCCUCUGAACAGCUCAAGAAUACAAAGCUCAAAAGACUUACUUUCUGAGCCACAAUGGCCACUGCACCGUACAACUACUCCUACAUUUUCAAAUACAUCAUUAUCGGGGACAUGGGGGUAGGGAAGUCAUGUUUGCUUCACCAGUUCACAGAAAAGAAAUUUAUGGCGGACUGCCCCCAUACGAUUGGCGUGGAGUUUGGCACAAGGAUAAUCGAGGUGAGCGGCCAGAAGAUCAAGCUGCAGAUUUGGGACACAGCGGGACAAGAGCGCUUCAGGGCCGUCACCCGCUCCUACUACCGCGGAGCCGCAGGGGCGCUCAUGGUCUACGACAUCACCAGGAGAAGCACGUACAACCACCUCAGCAGCUGGCUGACUGAUGCCAGAAACCUCACCAACCCCAAUACUGUGAUCAUUCUCAUAGGAAACAAAGCAGACCUGGAGGCCCAGAGGGACGUCACGUAUGAGGAAGCAAAGCAGUUUGCUGAGGAGAACGGUCUGUUGUUUCUGGAAGCCAGCGCAAAAACAGGUGAAAACGUUGAGGACGCCUUCCUGGAAGCUGCUAAGAAGAUCUACCAGAACAUUCAAGAUGGCAGCCUGGACCUGAACGCCGCCGAGUCGGGGGUCCAGCACAAGCCCUCGGCCCCUCAGGGCGGACGGCUAACCAGCGAACCACAGCCCCAGAGGGAAGGCUGCGGCUGCUAAUGACCAAGCAAAAAACCCCCUCGCCCUCCCUUCCUCCCUCUCCGUCUGUCCUGCCCACCCUCCCUCAACCUCCCCUCCCUCAACCUCCCCUCCCUUCCAUCCACCUCCGUACGUCCAUCCACCCUCCUCCCUCACUGCACCAGGAGCUGCAUGAGAGCAGGGCCGUGGAGGGAAGUAACUGGGGACGGUUAUCGACUUGGGCCAGACUGAGCUGGGCUGUGUGGACUACAUCUCUCUCCUCCUCCUCCUACAACUCUUCCUCCUCUCUGCCUGUCUGUCUCCCUCUGUUGCCGUCUCACUCACCCUCUUUAAACUCUUGUCAGUGUGUUGUCGUCCCAUAAUUCUCCUCUUUCGCUCCCCUCCACCCUCCGUGCGCCAUUCAGUGUAGCUCCCCUGGUCAUAGAAUCGUAGACGCCGCCACGCAUCACACGGGUUACUGACACUUUAGAUAGACGUAAUGUUCAUACGAUAAUGAUAAACCAAGACUGUUUUUUUAUGUUUGGUUUUAUAGCUAUAUAUGAAAUGUAAACACUGCAUAAAGUUUCAUCCAUCACUGAUCAGUUCUGUCUAUCGGACUUCUCAAACUCCAGACCUGUCUCCUGCAUGGUUUACCAAUCCAGCAUUUUAUCAAGACAUGCGGGUGUGACAUCUCACUCACUAAUUUUUGUGGGAUUCAAAGGCAAUGAAGUAGUGUAUCAUGCUGCCCCACAGGUAGAGGCUCUUUAGUGUGGCGUCAAAGAAUGUGUAGCCAAGUGAGCUUUUUCUGCAGGAUUCACACCUGCUUGCAGCUUUUAAUACUGUUUCUGCUGCUCGGUCCAAAAGGAGUUCCUUUGCCCCGACUUCUGCUCUCAGGAGAGAGAGGGGGAAACACAUUUAGAAAACCAGGAAUUACCACAAAUUCCUUGCAGGUGAUUUGAGUGUCUCCUCUGGGAUAUCACAGGAAGGAAUAUUGGGUGUUUUCCAGCUUGUCUAUAUAUGUGUGCGCAUUUCUGAGUGAGUGUGAAGAAGCUGGAUGGGAGGUUUUUUUUUGACUAAGUUAAAAUGAGACUUUAACAACGGGAAAAACAAAACAAAAAAACAUGGCAUUUCUGUUUUUGUUGGAAAGAUUCAUUCACAUCUAUUUCUUUGCACCAGCUCUCCCUCUCCUCACCCACCUGACCCCAAAACUCUCUCCCAGGUCAUAUCAACAGAUUCUGUCUUUACCAGCAUUUUCUUUGUCGUUGUUUGUUGCCUUAUUAUAAUUAAUGUUAUUACUCUUUAUCGUUUUUUUUCUGUACUUGCUCUCAUCACACUGCUGUUGGACUCACCCCAAUUCAAUAAAUCAACUUUUUUUUUUAGAAUAAUUAUUGCAUUUUACUGGAGAUUAACAAAAAAGUACAAGUGGGGGCUUACGUGGUCAAAAUAUCUGUCAACAGCAUGGUCUUAAGCCCACAUCUCGACUAUUCAGAUGUAAAACAAACUGUCAACACCCCUUAAGCUCAAGUGCUGCACUGAAGAGCUGAUCCGUUAUUCAUUUGGCCCGUUGUUCCUCUGCCUUGUAUAAUAACACACCAAGCAGCAUGCCCCUCCCCCCGAAAAACACAGUGAAAUUGUCGAAAUCCAAUUACGCUUUUUUCUUUUCCAAGUACAAUUUUAUUUUUUGUACCAUAGAGUGAUUCCCUGAUUGGACAGCUGUAUAUAUUGCUUCUUAACUAUUGGUGAUGACCUCGCUACUUGGGAUUUAGAAAUUUAUUUGCUGGCUCUGCCAAGAUCUGUACAGUUGAUGUGCUAGUGGGUUGCCUGUAAUUCAUGCUUGGGAAAUUCUGUAACAUAGUUUCUAUUAAUAAAUGUAUGUAAAGGACAGACACCUAGACCCCCCCCCAACCACCCAGUCUGCACACUACUGAACCUGUUGAUUGGUUGAGGGGAGAGGAAGUGGAUUGAGAUUAUGUGCAAACUAGUAUUUAUGUCUGCAAACUUCGAUUUCUCUCUUUUCUGUAUGGAGUGGAGAACGGGGCACUUUUAUGUUUAUAUUGUUUUUGUUUUUCCACCCCAUCGUAGCUCCUCCACAUGGGAGGGGCCUGCAUCGCUGUCUUAACUUUUGGGGAGUGGGGAUUGGUUUGUUAUUGUGGGAAGUUGGUGGGCUGGGUCUUCCUUUUUCCUGUGUCCCACCUCUUUGCAGUCUGAGUGACCACUUCCUGCUUUUGUCUGUCCACAAGUACAAAAAAAAAGUACAUAUGUAUAAAUUUUUAAGGAGCUGUGCUAACAUUUAAAUGCGUUCUUGAGUGUAUAUGAUUUUAAAAUGUUGACAUUUUGAUUUUAAUGACAAAAUACUCUAGACAGAAAAAAUAAAUUAUACAUAACCUGU